AUGUCGCAACAAAAAAUCAAAGAUAUUGAUGAUAAUGAUAGUGAAAGUGUGACAAACAAUAAUAAUAAUAAUAAUAAUCAAGAAAUUGUUUGGUCAAUGAUUAUAAUCAUAUYAAUUAUCCUAAUAUCUGGACUGUACGGCCUGUCWAUGCUAUUGUAUGCCAAAUAUCAGACCAUUUUGUGGGGCUAUUGUUACGGUUUGUUUGCCACGUUUGGCAUACUGUGCGGUGCCCAUCGACUCUGGUCGCACCGWAGCUAYCGGGCACACCCGACGCUACGYUGGCUUCUGAUGUUUGGCGAGACAGCCGCCGCCCUACACGACAUACACGACUGGUGUCUGAUUCAUCGUUUGCAYCACAAGUUUACCGAUACUGAUGGCGAUCCGCAUAACUCGAAACGUGGUUUUUUCUACGCCCAUAUGGGCUGGUUUCUGSUUACAGAGCACCGGCWGGUCAAGAAAAAGAUUGAAACCAUCGACAUGACUGACCUGCUCAACGAUCCARUAGUACAGUUUCAAACUAAAUACUAUACACCGUUAACAYUAAUAAUUUGGGGAAUYAUACCAACUAUUAUACCCAUGUUUUUCUGGUCAGAGUCGCUGAUGAAUGCUUUUUGCAUAAAUAUGGCCCGACAUAUAGUAACAUUUAAUCAGAUAGUGCUUAUCAACUCGUGGGCUCAUACCUACGGYUCAAAACCUUACGACAAGAAUAUAGAGCCGCGUGAAAAUCGWUCAGUCAAUUACCUGACCUAUGGUGAGGGCUAUCAUAACUAUCACCAUACCUUUCCAUAUGACUACUCGGCCAGUGAAUUGGGCUGGAAAUCUAAUUUCAAUUUGAAUACCGGUUUCAUUGAUCUGUGCGCCUAUUUAGGACUGGCCUAYGAUCUGAAACAGGCRUCCAAURAUGCCAUUGCUAAUCGUAAACAAAGAACCGGUGAUGAACUGAUUGGAGGAAAUGAYAAACUAAUUAUACAAAAGUAUGAUUAUAGCAAUCUAUACGACAAUUUUGUUGGCAUAAUUGUUGCUACCUGGCCACUGUGGUCAACAUUUAUAAUWAGAUCUAUUGUUAUGUGA